CGAGGUCAGCCCCCGGGCUUCGAAAUCCAGCCCCGGAUAUUUUAUUUUGUAAACGCUCUUACUUUUAUUGCACUAAUUCCGGUCGUGCGUGCACUCAGCGACGCUGAGUGACGUCACGAGCCAUCGCCACACUCAACGCUGAUUGGCCCGUUAACUUAAUUCCUAACGUCGUGCUGCCAAGUAGGCUUGAAGCCGGUCGGACUUGACUAUUGUCAACAUGGCUCUGAGUGGCGUUGAACAGAUUCAGAAACUGCUCUUCGACGCCUUCUUGGCCGUCUGCUACAUUUUGUAUCGUUUCUUGUGUGCGCGGCCUACCGAAAUCAAGAGAAAGCUCCCUCCGGUCAGCAACCCGCUCCUGGCCGUGUCAGCGACGCAACUCGCCGGGAGGAUCCGACGACGAGAGGUGUCCAGUGUGGAGGUGGUGCAGGCUUACAUUGACCGGAUCCAGCAAGUCAACCCCCUGCUGAACGCAAUGGUCAAAGACAGGUUUUCCGCUGCGCUCCAGGAAGCGGCGCAGGUCGACAAGUUGAUUGACGAGGAACCGGGAGGCGAGGAGGUGCUGGCCGAUCGGCUGCCUUUCCUCGGCGUGCCUCUCUCCGUCAAAGAGUCCUUCGGUCUCCAAGGCAUGCCCCACACCAGUGGCAUCGUGUCCAGGCGAGGAGUGUUGGCGGCGGCCGACGCGCCGCCCGUGGCCCUGCUCAAGAGGGCGGGCGCCAUCCCGCUGGGCGUCACCAACACCAGCGAGGGCUGCAUGUGGGCCGAGUCGCACAACCACCUGUACGGCAUCACCAGCAACCCCUACGACCUGGAAAGGAUGCCGGGAGGGAGCUCGGGUGGCGAGGGCAGCUUGCUGGCGGCAGCCGGCGCCGUCAUUGGACUGGGCUCCGACAUCGGCGGCAGCAUCCGCAUGCCGUGCUUCUUCAAUGGAGUGUUUGGCCAUAAAACCACACCCGGCGUGGUGUCCAACGACAACCAGUACCCGCCGUACUCGGGGAGACACGAAGAGUACGCCAGCGCGGGGCCCAUGUGCCGCUACGCCGAGGACCUGCUGCCCAUGUUGAAAAUCAUGGCGGGGCCAAACGCGCCCAUGUUGUCCCUGAACGAGAAGGUGGAGCUCAAAAAGUUGCGUUUUUUUACCGUCCCCGACGACGGCGGCUCUCCCCUGGUGUCCCCGGUCAGCAAAGAACUCAGAGAAAUCCAGAAACGGGUGGCGGAGCGUCUCGAAGCGGACCUGGGCGUGUCGGUCCAAGAAGUGCGCUUCCCCGAGCUGCGCUACGGCUUCCGCAUCUGGGACGCCUACAUGUCGCUUCCGGACAAAGAGGGCAAGCCUCCGGUCCCGAUGACCGAGCAGUUCGGGGAGCCGGGCCGGCCCAUGUGGCCCGUGUGGGAGGCGCUGAAAAGACUUCUGGGAAAAUCCGACCAUACCGUCGCCGCCAUUGGCGUGUCCAUUUUGGAGAACACGUCAUGGUCCAGACCAUCCGCCUUCCUCGUCGGGUUGAAGGAGAAGCUGCAGAAGGACGUGGAGGAGCUGCUGGGGAGCGACGGCGUGCUUCUUUACCCGUCGCAUCCCAGGGUGGCCCCCAAGCACCACCAUGCGCUUUUUCGACCCUUUGACUUUGCCUACACGGGCAUCAUCAAUAUCCUGGGUCUGCCGGUCACCCAGUGCCCUUUGGGGCUGAACGGGGAGGGUCUCCCCAUGGGCGUGCAGGUGGUGAGCGGGAAGCUGCAGGAUCGGCUGCCUCUGGCCGUGGCCCGCUACCUGGAGAAGGCCUUCGGAGGCUGGAGGGAGCCUCCGACUGACAUCCGCAGGAUGAAGAUGGUGUAG